AUGAAACUCACUAGCUCCACACCGUUCUCCGAUGUUGCUUUGUCGGAAGGUCAUACCGAAAAAAGGGUGAUCCCGGUCAUAAUUGGUACCGAUAUUCUAAAAGCGUUGAACAAGCUUGAUGGGACUUUGGCGUGGUACAAUUUGGGAUUCGAUUCGAUGAUUCAUUUAUUGCUGAACAGCAGUCAGCUACUCUUCUCGUGUUAG